GCAUUACUUUUUUUUUAAUAUUUAAAAAGGGGGAUUUUUCUGCGACCUGGGUAUAUGCUAGAAAUGUAUUAUUUGAAACUAAGUGGAAAUCUAAAAAUUACAUUACGUGUUUAUAAGGUUUUAAAUGGGGAUUUUUUUUAACUGACGCACACCGAGCUGUUAAAGCUAAGAAUUUUUUUUUAAUGUGACUGGAGUUUUCCCUUAUACUGAAACACAUUUACGUGUUCUGUACAAAUUUUAACAGGACAUUUUCUUUUAAAACAUGACGAACACUGAGCUGUUAAAACUAAGAAAUUUUUAACUUAAAAUAGCUUGUGAGGUGGCUCAUGGAAAUACCAUGACGUGUUUUUGAAAUUUUAGAAAAAUUUAACCGCCUGACUUCAACUGAGCUGGUAAUACGUAGGCAUGUUUUUGCAAGAAUUCACUCUAGAACUGGAAAUACCAUGACGUGUCUUUGAAGUUUUAAAAAAAUAUUUUUGACGAGCUGACUUAAACUGAGCUGGUAAUACGUGGGCAUGUUUAUGCACUAAUUCACUCUAGAACUGGGAAUACCAUGACGUGUUUUUUAAAUUUUAUAAAAAUAUAUUUUUGACCACCUGAUUCUAACUGAGCUGGUAAAACGUGGACAUGUUUUUACCUGAAAUAGCUCUGGAACUGGGAAUAACAUUACGUGUCUUUUUGAAAAUUAAAAGUGGGGAAAUAUUUGAAACCCCCCUGACGUACGUUUGACUUAAGAACAGCUCAGGUGUUUUUUAAACUUAAAAUAACAACAUACGUGAAUUAACUAAACAUGGCUGCACCAGGAAGCACAAACAACGUAGACUUUGAUAAAAUCGCAGAAGUUUACAAGAAAAAAAAUAACAUUUCAGGAAAAACGAACUUAGACAAUGUAAAGAUAAGUGUGUUAAAUGUAGCCUGGAGCGAUUUCAAAGACAAACAGAACACUGACAAGAAAAAGCCUGGAUUGUAUUUGAAGCUACAAAAGGGAGCAUGGACCGGACUAACCAGUACUUACAAGUUAACCCUCAACGGUCUUCCUGCUGACGUAAAGGCUGCGAUGGGUGGAGAAGAGGUCAAAGCAAAACACCCGGACAACCAAAAUGUAGUUUUUAUACCAACAGAAGGACAGAAACUAGCAAAAAGCAUCGCUGGUAAAUUUAAGUUUGAUGGCUCUGUGACGGGUAAUGUGAUCUACUCGGGGACUGCAGUUGAGCAGCAAGCCGUGGCUCAGAUUGUCCAAGAUUUACAAGGGGACGAGACAGUCAAGAACCUGACAGUGACCACCAAUGAUAAGAAGAUGCCCAGCUCUGCAGACUGGAAGGUGGAGGGGGAGUUCGAGUUUUACUCGUCUUAGUUCGUGUGCUUGUGAAGUGGUGUGUGUCUUUUCGUUGAGUGUAAGUUGAGUAUGUUUUUUUUUAACUGACAAUACAUUCGUUUAAUGUAAGUUUAACUAUGUUUUUUUUUUCACUGACAAAACAUUUGUUUAGUGUAAGUUUUGUGUGUUUUUUAUCCUGUCAUAACAUUCAUUUUGUGUAAGUUUUGUAAAAAAAGUUACACUAUCAUAACAUUCGUUUAGUGUAAGUUUUUUUUGUUUUUGAACUGCCAUAACAUUCAUUUAACGUUAAGUUUUUUAUGGGUUUUUUUUACAUUCUCAUAACAUUCGUUUAGUGUUAUAUUGUGUAUGUUUACUUUCCACUGAAAACACACAACAAGUAAUUUUUUAAAAAUUGUUUAGAGUUAGUUAAUUAUUUGUUGAAUAAAGCACUGUUUCUGUGAUUUAGACUUUUUGUUUUUCAUAUAAUAAUUCUUAUUUUUAUACAUAAAUUGUGUGUUUUUACACAUGGUAUUUUGUCAAAAAAUCAGAAAAUAUUCUAGAAUAUAAAUGGCAUUGUGGGUAUUUUUUGUUUAUGGAACAAAUGUGUGUAAAUAUAUCAAAGCCAUUUCUAUUAAUAAAUAGUAAAUCAAAUAUAAUAUUUACAUUCCAGUUUUUAAAGUUUGCAUGGGAUUUUUUAAUGUGAAAUUGUUACUAUUAUAUGAUGCAAGGGGGACAACCACUACACAGUUUUUAAAUAAUUAUUUUCGUUAAACCUUUAACAUAAGACUAUCCAAUCUUCAAUAUAAAAAUAAAAAUUAUAACUAUAAACGAGUACUUUUAUGUAGAGUAAAAAUCUUUUUGAAUAAAAUAAAAGUUAUCCUGUUUUUAUUUUUAAAAAUGUAUCAGCAUAACUGACAGCUGAAUUGUUUUUUUGAAAAAAUUUCGAAAUGUUUCUUUUUUCUUUUAUUUCCAUUUAUAGGGAAUAAUACAUCAAAAUGUAAUUGAUUGUCGAUUUUAAAAAAAUCUAUUUCAGAAUUCCUAUAGAAUACUAAAUUUAUUGUUGAAAAUACUUUAUUAAUUUUGUAUUGUAUGCUGUGUGUGACAUAUUACUCAAUAUUCGUGAAAAAAUUAUAUGUAAUUUUCUAAAAUAUAAAUUAAUACUUAUUAAUACUUAUGCACUUUUGCAAGCUUGAUUCAGGAAAGUUAAUAUACUUUUAUUAGUUGGAGACCAUGUUUUGAAAUAUAUCCAAUUUGAAGCGUUGAAGAUUAUAUUUUAUCUCUUGUAAUUAAUUUUUUAAAAAUGUACUACUUACAUGUUGGACACAUUUUUAAAAUCCGAUUCAUAUAAAAGCCUUUUAUUUAGCUAUUUAAAUGAAAACUAAUUAAAGACUAUAAUUUCUUAGUGUUUUUUUAUAACUGCAGUAUCAACACUUAUGAUAUUGUUACCUGAUCUCAUGUAUUUAGCCUUAGCUAUAAAAUACAAUUGUAUAUAUAAGCAUAUUAGAUAUGUUUUAAGAAAUCGAAUGGGCUUAGUGAUGUGUACUCGGUAUAAAAAAUAUUAUAGCUUAGUUAAACUGAACCAGUAUAGAUUUAAUUCCAUUGUUCAGUUAAUAUUACUUAGUCUUUUAUAUCCUUUUUACUUUUUAUACAAUUUUUAUAAAAGCUACUAUGCUGUUAUUAUAAAUAAACACAUAAACAUAUACAAAUGUAUAACAAAACAAUAAGUUCUGUACUUGUUUAUUUUGGCUGUAAUUAGUCUGGUGCUUGAGUUGUAAACAGUUGUUAAAUCUUUGCUGUAUUAAAAAUAAUAUUAUAUAAUGAUCACAUUUUACAAGACACGUAAGGCUACAACAAGAUGUCUUUAAUAAUGAACAGUCGAAUCAAUAUACAUUUGAACAAUUUCGACAGUUAUAACUUAUUAGCUUUUUAAAGUCGUUUUUCUUUAUUUUUUGUUUCUUAUUUUUUUUUUAACUUGUCUUCUUAAAUAUUAUUAUCUAAUUAAAUGAAACUAAACAAUGAUUAAUUUUAAAUAAGAAAACCCAUAAGAACUCAAAAGAAUUCCCGAUUAAAAAAAACAGUUGUAAAAAUAACUCCAACUCAACAUCCAUUAAUAUUUAUUCACUGUUUGUUGUUGCACCAGUUCGGCUUUACAACGCCGCGUCACUGCGCGUGUCCUGAUACUAGGCCAGCCGGUUUCGGUAUCGGCUAGGUGACGCUGACGUGUCUAUUUAUAAAGCGCUCGAGGUUUCGGUAUGUUGCAGGGUAAUCCCUUUCCUGUGAGAUAGGCUUUUCCCGAUCAUGUUUUAAAAAUAACUAUGAGCAACCCUGUCGACUGCUGUUUGUAGGUCAUGGGGAACGAGAGAUAACUCUGAAAAUAUUUAUAAUUUAUAAUAACAUUAUUAACAUUCGUAGAUUUGAUAUAGCCUAACUUUCGUUUGCCUAACAAAAUUGAGUUAAAAGCUAAUCACGGAAUUAUUUUAUCAAUACAAGACCUUAAAUACAGGUGCUUUGUUUUUCAAAAAAAAAAGCUUUAAACGUAGGUUUUGAGUUGUUCUUUUUUAACAAAAAAUAAAUCUAGUAAUGAAAUCGAUUUUGUGGAAAAUGUUACAAUUAUGAGAAUUAUAGAAAGGAUCUGGGUUUUCUACGGCUAUGACAUUUCAAUUGAACAAGAAUAUAUUUUAUGUAUGAUAUAUUAUACACGAAAGUUAACUUAGUCGGAAGAAAACAAUUAUUUGAUUAUCUGGGUAUUCGAUUUUAAGUGAAUAAAUUCGCUGCGCGGUCUAAGGGAGGCUACUCUAUAAUUAUUUUACAUCUAGUUUCAAGUAUAUUAAGCUUGAUUGCAGUAAAAAUCAAUAUUGUUUGUUUUUAGUCUAAUGUUAGAGUUUUGUAUAAGAGAUCGUGCAAAUAAUAUGUACAAAAAUUUAAAAAUGCUUAUUUCAACUUACAAUAUGAAAAAAAUAAUUCAAUUUAAUUUUAUCUGUUUAAUGGAGAAAUUUAAAAUUAAUAAAACAAGGGUGUGGAUUUUGUAUGGCUAAUAUAUUUCAACUGAUUCAAAAUAGGGUUAUAUGUAUUAUGUAUUUUACAAGUAAGUUUAAUUAAUCACAAGAAACAAUAUGCGACUCUUUAGUAUUUUUGCUAUUACUAUUAUGGUAUUGCAUUUUCAAUUUAUGUGUUCGUGAUGCUUUGUGAUGUAAGGGAAAUUACUCAACAUUUAUUUUGCAUCAAAAUAUUAAAAGAGUUAACGGGC